UUGCGUUUUUAGCUACAUUUUUUUCGCGUGUGUAUUUUGUAAAAAAAAAACGAUUCAUUCGUUAUCAUUUUGGCAAAAUCAUUAUCAUAGCUCGCGCUACACUUUGCAUAAUGAUCUGAAUUUCAGUUUGUUUCCCAAUUCGUUAUAAUAGCGUCACGUUGAGAUGAACAUCUUGAGAUUUUUGGCAUUUUUUGGAUUGAUACUGCACACGAGAUUAGUACUAUGCGUGUCUUCCUGGUGGUUUAGUUAUGCUUUUGCUGGCUCAUGGAGUUAUGCUCCAAUUGCCACAUAUCCACCAAUUACUCAUGUAGCACCAUAUCCACCACAUCAAACACCUCAAGAUUUACCAGCAAAUAUACUUCAAAAUCCACCCCCACAAUCAUCGCAAUGGACGUACAUUCCUCAGUAUGGUCAAUGGAUCAACAAAAUUCAUCUUCCUAAUCACCAGACACAUUCGCAACAAAAAUCCACGAUACAACAGAAACCUUUCCUUUAUGCCAAUUCAAUGGCAAUGGCAAAUAUUGGGUAAAUAAUUUUAUACGCACCUAGCACCCACGUGCAUGGGCUGUGUAAAAUCCGUAAAAUCAAUUAUUUGCGCCAAAACAACCGAUUAAUUGUUCCAAUAAUACAGUUCUAGGAAUGAUAGGAAAAUAAAUGUGUUACUUUACUGUGAGGGAAAUGUGUUUUCCGGAAAAGAAUUUGCUUGCAGCAUAUGGAGGCCUAUUUCUAUAAUACCAUAUUGAAAGAAUAGCAAUUGUAAGACAAAAAAAUUG